CGCCACCAGGAGCAGCAACUGGCUAUGGAUUUUGAGUUGGCCCAGCAAUUUGCGCUUUCUCCUAACUCACCACCUCCAUUUGUUCCGGUACUUCCACCAGCACAAGAGCCUUUUUUUCGUUUUCACCAUGCACAAAACCUCUUUUUGGCCAUCUUUCUGUGAAUGGCAAGUAGAAGAGUGUUGCAUCUUAACUCCGUAUAGGCGAAACAACUUACACGAAAAAACGGUGUCCCUAUCAGUAACAAUAAACCUAGGAGACCUUUGAAGCUUGACCACUUUGUCAUCCUGAGCAAUAUCUGCAGCAUUGUAGGGGUGCUCCAAGCGAGGAAAUGAGCUGCCUUGCCUAAACAAUAAACCACAAUCAGAAUAGUGGUCUUAGAGUAAGACUUGGGUAUCCCACCUGUAGGAUCCAUUGAGUUUAGACCAUAUGCAUAUAUAUUGGGGAUUGGAAGUAGUCGGAAGAAAAACCUGGAGAAGCCACAUUCUCUGGUUUAAAACGCUGACAGGCUAAGUAAGCACGGACAAAAUUGUGAACAUCACAUUCCAAUCCUUUCCAGGAGAAGAGAGAGAGAACUUUUUCGGUAUGUUGGACUCAUUCCGAAGUGUCCUCCAUUCCUAAUAGCGUGAAAGGGGCUAAGUCUUCUCUUGAUAUCCUAUUGGCCCCAACAAGUAUGCCAUUGAGCUUAAGCAGCUGAUGAUGUUAAGAAAUCUUAGGCUAGGCAGUAGGGUGGAAAUAGGGGUGGUCAAAGCGAAGGAAUGAUCUUCAUGCACACGUGGGAGCACAUCCACUGAUAAUUUCUGUUCCUAUUUCUGAUACACAAUCUGACCAUUCAAACCCCAAAACUUAUGAAGACAAUUUGCUGAUAUGAAUUAACCUCAUUUCGUUCCAGAAGAUGCUUUAAAGGUUGAACAUUCAGUCAGUGGCUCACAGUUCAAAACAGUUUCUGGAGACAAAAAUUCUAUGUGUGGUGGUGCGACUAGAGAUGUUGGAAUGUGUAAAAUGGACGAAAAAAAAUUUUGCUUGAUUGAUUUACAGAUGAGAAGUACAUUUCACGAAGUUGGAGGGGGUUUGAUGGCCUUAUUAAGAAAUUGUUUAGAGUCUGAACCAGGAGACUCAAAAGCCAUUUUAGCAGGUUAUGUUGAUCAUUUCCAAAGCAUUGAGUCAGAGGAUGUUGGAUGGGGUUGUGGUUGGCGAAAUGUUCAAAUGCUUAGCUCUCACUUGAUGGCCCAAAGGCCAGAAGCUAGAGAAGUUUUGUUUGGUGGUUCUGGAUUUGUUCCUGAUAUCUCAUCACUCCAAAGAUGGCUUGAGAUUGCUUGGGAAAGUGGUUUUGAUACAGCUGGCUCUGAUCAAUUCAAUCAUGUUAUUUAUGGUUCAAAAAAAUGGAUAGGGACCACUGAAUGUGCUUCCCUAUUGCGUUAUUUUGGGCUUCGGGCAAGACUAGUGGAUUUUGGUCCAAAGGAAUCUGAAUCACUUUAUCUAUCUGUCCCAGGUUCGAGUCUAGGGGCCAUGCAAAUGAAAAUUUGUAGUGGAAGUAAAAGGAAAGCAUUUCAUGCUUAUGGACCCAUGGAUAGAUAUCUGUCUCGUGAUGCUUCCCAAGCAAAGUCUAGUGAGAAUGAAAAGUUGAAUUCUUCUGUCAUCCAGCUUGAUGACACUAUGGACAAAGCAUGUGAUGAUAAUGCAAACAAAUGUAAAGGCCAUCAUGUUGUCAUUGACUUCGUGUGGAAUUACUUUUCUAAUAAUUGUUCUAUCCAAUUUGGCCACCAGCGUGUUGUUGUCAGUGAGAAAUCGCCUUUGUACUUUCAACAUGACGGACAUUCAAGGACUAUAGUUGGGAUUCAAGUUAAACGUGAACGGACUGGAACUCUGCAACAUAGUCUCCUCAUUUUUGAUCCUUCUCAUAAAACUGCUGCUCUGGAAAAAUCGCUCAGCAGAGAUACAUUAAAAGAGGGAUUCACACGCUAAGAAGCCACAA